AUGGUGCAAACACUGUCCCUGGUGGUACCCAUAUGCCCUACUACAACAUGGUACCAGCACUGUCCCUGGUGGUACCCAGAUGCCCUACUACAACAUGGUACCAGCACUGUCCCUGGUGGUACCCAGAUGGCUUACUACAACAUGGUACCAGCACUGUCCCUGGUGGUACCCAGAUGCCCUACUACAACAUGGUACCAGCACUGUCCCUGGUGGUACCCAGAUGGCUUACUACAACAUGGUACCAGCACUGUCACUGGUGGUACCCAGAUGCCCUACUACAACAUGGUACCAGCACUGUCCCUGGUGGUACCCAGAUGGCUUACUACAACAUGGUACCAACACUGUCCCUGGUGGUACCCAGAUGCCCUACUACAACAUGGUACCAGCACUGUCCCUGGUGGUACCCAGAUGCCCUACUACAACAUGGUACCAGCACUGUCCCUGGUGGUACCCAGAUGCCCUACUACAACAUGGUACCAGCACUGUCCCUGGUGGUACCCAGAUGCCCUACUACAACAUGGUACCAGCACUGUCCCUGGUGGUACCCAGAUGGCUUACUACAACAUGGUACCAGCACUGUCCCUGGUGGUACCCAGAUGGCUUACUACAACAUGGUACCAACACUGUCCCUGGUGGUACCCAGAUGGCUUACUACAACAUGGUAACAGCACUGUCCCUGGUGGUACCCAGAUGCCCUACUACAACAUGGUACCAGCACUGUCCCUAGUGGUACCCAGAUGGCUUACUACAACAUGGUACCAGCACUGUCACUGGUGGUACCCAGAUGCCCUACUACAACAUGGUACCAGCACUGUCCCUGGUGGUACCCAGAUGGCUUACUACAACAUGGUACCAGCACUGUCCCUGGUGGUACCCAUAUGCCCUACUACAACAUGGUACCAGCACUGUCCCUGGUGGUACCCAGAUGGCUUACUACAACAUGGUACCAGCACUGUCCCUGGUGGUACCCAGAUGCCCUACUACAACAUGGUACCAGCACUGUCCCUGGUGGUACCCAGAUGGCUUACUACAACAUGGUACCAGCACUGUCCCUGGUGGUACCCAGAUGCCCUACUACAACAUGGUACCAGCACUGUCCCUGGUGGUACCCAUAUGCCCUACUACAACAUGGUACCAGCACUGUCCCUGGUGGUACCCAGAUGCCCUACUACAACAUGGUACCAGCACUGUCCCUGGUGGUACCCAGAUGGCUUACUACAACAUGGUACCAGCACUGUCCCUGGUGGUACCCAGAUGGCUUACUACAACAUGGUACCAGCACUGUCCCUGGUGGUACCCAGAUGGCUUACUACAACAUGGUACCAGCACUGUCCCUGGUGGUACCCAGAUGGCUUACUACAACAUGGUACCAGCACUGUCCCUGGUGGUACCCAGAUGGCUUACUACAACAUGGUACCAGCACUGUCCCUGGUGGUACCCAGAUGGCUUACUACAACAUGGUACCAGCACUGUCCCUGGUGGUACCCAGAUGGCUUACUACAACAUGGUAACAGCACUGUCCCUGGUGGUACCCAGAUGCCCUACUACAACAUGGUACCAGCACUGUCCCUGGUGGUACCCAGAUGGCUUACUACAACAUGGUACCAGCACUGUCCCUGGUGGUACCCAGAUGGCUUACUACAACAUGGUACCAGCACUGUCCCUGGUGGUACCCAGAUGGCUUACUACAACAUGGUACCAGCACUGUCCCUGGUGGUACCCAGAUGCCCUACUACAACAUGGUACCAGCACUGUCCCUGGUGGUACCCAGAUGCCCUACUACAACAUGGUACCAGCACUGUCCCUGGUGGUACCCAGAUGGCUUACUACAACAUGGUACCAACACUGUCCCUGGUGGUACCCAGAUGCCCUACUACAACAUGGUACCAACACUGUACCUGGUGGCACCCAGAUGCCCUACUACAGUACCAUACUUCAGCUACAUUACUCCACAUAGACAUAGAGUUUGACAUAGAGAAGAAGGAUGAUAAUUUGUAUGUGGACGUUCUACAGCAGCUGGGGCUUACAGGGACGAGGACCGGAGGAGGUGCAUCGUCCACAGGGGCCCGCUUCGCACCCCAGGGGGUCAUCCCCUUUAAGUCUGGGGUCAUCCUCACCCAACGGGCCCGGGUCCAGGCCCCACUGUCGUCCGUCCUACCCCCUGCCUCCUACCCCACCACCAACCUGUCUCUGAUCCUCAGCAUGUGCUCCCACCGCGUCAACAGCGCCUUCCUCUUCACUGUCCUGUCCAAGAGGAGGAGACUGCAGCUGGGGGUCCAGUUCAUCCUGGGGAAGGUGCUGGUCUACGUGGGCCAGAGGGACUUGGUCAGUUUCGAUUAUGACGUUCACAACGGCCAGUGGCAUAACCUGGCCCUGGACAUCCGAGGCCAGAGGGUCUCGUUAUAUACUUCUUGUGGGAAGACUAGUGUACAUGCAGAUCUGCAUUCUAAAAAAGAGGAGGCCCUGGAUCCCGAGGGCUCUUUCCUCUUGGGUAAGAUGGCCCAGAACUCGGUGCAGUUUGAGGGUGCCGUUUGCCAGUUUGAUAUUUACCCCUCUGCCAAGGCAGCUCAUAACUAUUGUAAGUACAUUAAGAAACAGUGCAGGGAGGCCGACAACUACAGGCCCGUAAAUCUCCCAUCCCUGCUACCUCUGAUCCCCUCAGACCCAAACCUUACUGUCGCCCUCCUCACCCCUCUAAUGCCGACUGAAAUACCCAGGAAGGCCCCCAGCCCUAAUCUGGCCUUGACUGAGGACAGAACCAGGACUAAGCUUAUUGUCCCAACUAACCGCCCCACAGUGGCGCCAACCCUCUCUGUGCGUAAGAGUUUUGUGACACCAAAGCCUGGAACUAUGUCCCUGUCUCGUCCUGUGACUGUCGCCCUGACAACGGCCAGGCCGGGAUUAAAGCGCCCCGUAGUGGCCACGACCCAAACUGUUACUGUACCCCUCAGGACCAGCGAAACACAAACAUCCCCAAUGCCAACGUCCCGUGGCGACAGUUUAGCUAAAAAGAGCACAGCAAUGGAACCAGGUGAUAAAACCCAGAAACCCACGGGGAGCAGUUUGGCUGCUGCACCACUUCUUUCCACCACAACAACGCCACCAAAGAAGAAGCCAGACCACCAAACCACGGCAGCAUCCAAACAAGGCUCUUCUUCUUCUGCUUCUUCUUCAAACACCUCUGUCCUCUUCGUACAGAGGAAGCAGCUGACCGCUCUGGCUGCACAGAAUCCUGAGCCCAGAGUGACCAAUGUGGAGGCUGUCAAACACACCUCAUUUAUCCCUGUCACUCCGCCUGCCACAGAUGGCUUCCAAACCUGGGACUUGGAACCGACCCAGUUCUCAUUGCUGGCUGGGCCGGGACCACCUGGACUAAAGGGAGAACCAGGACCCGCGGGACUUCAAGGACCUCCUGGGAAGACAGGGACGCCGGGGAAGAGGGGGCCUCGGGGUCCUCCUGGUCCACAUGGAAACCCAGGUCGCCCCGGACCCCCUGGACUCAAGGGACGGAAAGGAGACCCUGGCCUUUCACCGGGCAGAGCUCCAAAAGGAGAGAGAGGAGACCGUGGUGCUUCAGGACCUCUUGGACUGACUGGUCAAGUUGGUAGAAAGGGACAGAAAGGCCAUCCAGGUCCUGCUGGUCAACCAGGAGAUUCUGGCGAGCAAGGGGCAGACGGAAGCCCAGGGGCCAAAGGUUAUCCUGGCAGGCAGGGUUUACCUGGGCCUGUUGGCAUUAUGGGGCCUAAAGGAGUCCGGGGUUUCAUAGGAAUCCCUGGGGUUUUUGGCCUUCCUGGACCUGAUGGUGAGAGAGGAAUUCCUGGUGUUCAUGGGAAGAAGGGCAAGAUGGGUAGGCCGGGGUUUGCUGGGGACUUUGGCGAGCGGGGACCACCAGGACCAGACGGAAACCCAGGCGAGCUGGGAGCCCCUGGUCCUAAUGGAGUUCUUGGCCUCAUUGGAGACAUGGGUCCUCUAGGGAUGAUGGGUUUGCCAGGACCAUGUGGACUCAAGGGGGUACCCGGAAACCCAGGAGAACCAGGACUGAAAGGUGAUAAGGAUGACGUUGGUCUUCCAGGGGAGCAAGGAGAGAAUGGAUUCCAAGGUGACAAGGGUAUCCAGGGUUCACCAGGAUUGCCAGGCAUUCGAGGGAAACCAGGGCCACAUGGGGUGACAGGUGAGCCGGGUCCUGAUGGUAUACCUGGCCCUCCAGGCCAAGAGGGUUUCCCAGGAGACAUCGGCCCACCAGGUCACAACGGCCCAGAGGGCCCAAAGGGGAAGCCAGGAAACAGAGGUUUACCAGGGCCCAGAGGAACAGCUGGACUAGAGGGCGAUGAGGGGCCACUUGGACCACCUGGACCUACAGGACCGGAGGGCAGACCUGGAAGGCAGGGAUUCCCGGGGAAAACAGGUCCCGAAGGACUAAAGGGCGAGCCCGGAAUAACUGGAGAGGUCGGAAAGCUUGGCGAGAGGGGGCUGGUGGGUUUCAUCGGCCCUGUUGGGGAGCCUGGCCUCGCAGGAGAAAAGGGGGACCGUGGGGAGAUGGGAUUGCCUGGACCGCCAGGGGAAAAGGGGGCGAUGGGUCAUCCUGGAACUCCUGGAGAGUGUGGUUCAUCAGGACCUCUAGGGAUACCAGGUCCAGCCGGUUCGAGGGGUCUCGGUGGGAUCAGAGGACCUAAAGGCAGGAGGGGUCCGAGGGGUCCUGACGGUCCAGCUGGGGAGAAGGGGUCAGUUGGAGGAAAGGGUCCCGAUGGUCCACCAGGAAAACUAGGCUUCCCAGGGGAGAUGGGAAAGAUUGGGGAGCCUGGGGAAGCUGGGCCUAAAGGAUUUCCAGGUCGCAAAGGACCCUCAGGAGCUCCAGGUGCCAAAGGAAUAGAAGGAGAGCCGGGACUUACUGGGCCACCAGGAACUAUGGGUCCACUGGGAGAGAUGGGAGUCAAGGGUCUAACUGGAAAGGUGGGGGAGUGGGGACUACCAGGCGAACCAGGAGAGAAGGGUGCCCUCGGACCAGCAGGAAACUUCGGAGAGCAGGGCCUCAUCGGACAGAGGGGUGAGAUGGGGAUCGAUGGGGAUGCCGGACAGAGUGGUCCUGAUGGACUCAAGGGCGAGAAGGGUGACAUGGGACCGGAGGGGGGUAAAGGAGAGAGGGGUGACACCGGACUGAAAGGAAAGGAAGGGUCUCCCGGACCUCCUGGCUUAGUGGGAGUGUGGGGUCAGGAGGGCAAACCUGGCAAGUUUGGUGAAAGAGGAAAACCAGGAGAGAAGGGCAGCAAGGGUCACAUGGGUCACCUGGGAGAGACUGGGGCAAUUGGUGAACAAGGAGAAGCAGGAUUUGUUGGGCCGAAGGGAUCGAGAGGAACCAUUGGACCAGUGGGUGCACCAGGGAGAAUGGGCCAGCAAGGUGAAACAGGCAUCACAGGAUACGAGGGCCACACAGGACGGCAAGGCUCACUGGGACCUCCUGGACCAAAAGGUGAAAAGGGUGAACAGGGGGAGGACAGUAAGGUGGAAGGCCCUCCCGGUCCACAAGGUGACAGAGGUUCUACCGGAGACAGGGGAGACAGAGGAGAAUCAGGGGACCCAGGAUACCUAGGCCAGCCAGGGGUGGACGGAUCGAGAGGCAAAGCCGGAGCAACUGGACUACCUGGUCAUCCUGGACCAAGGGGAAUACAGGGUCUGAAAGGAUCGAAAGGUGAUCAAGGUCAGAAAGGCAAACGGGGCAAACAAGGCGAGUCUGGGACCAAAGGACCACCGGGUCCCGAGGGUCCUCCUGGCCCAAAGGGAGUGGUGGGAAGAGAGGGCCUUGAGGGCCAACCUGGAAUGGACGGGCCUCCUGGGAAAGAUGGUGACAAUGGAAUGAAGGGGGAGCAAGGAGACGACGGAGAGUUUGGUAUCAUUGGCAAAGCUGGUAACAGUGGUAAAAUGGGCGUGCCAGGGCUUCCAGGCGAUCAGGGCUCCUUCGGACCCAAGGGUGAGAGGGGUCUCCCCGGCCAAACUGGAUAUUCAGGGAAAAGAGGCCACAUUGGUGGAAUGGGAAUUCCAGGAAAACAGGGUGACCAGGGGAACAAAGGACAGCUCGGUGACACAGGUGAAUCAGGGUACCCAGGGGUUCUCGGGAUGUUCGGACCAAAGGGACCUCUAGGAGAUCUGGGCCCAGCCGGCAUACAGGGACCAAAAGGGCCACAUGGCUUGAUGGGUAAUGUUGGUGCCACAGGCCCAGUCGGUAUCAUCGGCCCCAGUGGUAAUACAGGUCCCCAAGGUGACAAAGGAAGUCGAGGGGAUGCGGGGGUACAAGGACCAAGGGGCCCUCCUGGUCCUCGUGGACCACCCGGACCCCCAGGUCUCCCUGGUUCUAUGCCAUUUAGAAGGGAGGCUAUUGGUGCUGCUUUUCAGCUCAUUAUUGAUUCCCAUGCUGCGCUGAGGUCAGAGAGUUACCACGACAUGGACCUGCCCAUGUUGGACCACCAGGGUACAGAGAUAUUCAAGACCCUCCACUACCUCAGCACCUUGAUCCAGAGCCUGAAGAACCCACUAGGAACCCACGACAACCCCGCGCGCAUCUGCAGAGACCUCAAGGACUGUGAACAGAGGAUGAAUGAUGGAACUUACUGGAUCGACCCAAACCUCGGCUGCUCUGCUGACUCCAUCGAGGUGACGUGUAACUUCACCAGCGGUGGCCAGACCUGUCUGAAACCCAUCACAGUAUCCAAGCUGGAGAUGGGGGUGGGUCGUAUCCAGAUGAACUUCCUCCAUCUACUGAGCUCUGAGGCAGUGCAGCACAUCACCAUCCACUGCCUGAAUGUCCCCGUGUGGGCCAACAGCUCCUCCCUGGAGCCCUCCCCCACCGCGGUGCGCUUCAAGGCCUGGAGCGGAGGAGACAUGAUCCAGGCUGGAGGACUCCUGGAGCCCCACGUAGUGAAGGACGAAUGCUGGAUCAAAGAUGGCCGCUGGCACCAGACCCAUUUCGUCUUCCAGACCCAGGACCCCAACUUACUCCCCAUCCUGGACGUGUAUAACCUACCGGUCACAGAGCCUGGCUCGCACUACCACCUAGAGGUUGGCCCCGUGUGCUUCUUAUAGAGGCCUGUUCUUAUAGAGGCCCAGGAUACAGUACAUACACAGCCUCCUCAUAGGAGUGACUUGUGGGGGGAUGGGGAAGGUUAGGGGGUCUUCCUGUCCCCAUAUACUGGGGCCCUUCAGGAGAGGCAGGCCAGGCCAGGCCAGGCCCCUAACCCUCCAGCAUAUGCUCGGACUGCAGAAACAGGCAGGGGGCACCAUUGAGGGACGGACCAGGAGAAACUGCAGAGAUACUGAGACGUCUCGCACUAGUUCCUACCGCCUGCCUGAAGAGAAGAUAAGCUUUGGCUUUUUUCAGGGACUUGUUUUACUGUCGCACGGCACGAGCCCUGGAUGCCCGAGUGAGAUAAAAAAUAAUGAGUCUCUAACAUCACUCUUGGACAACAUUUUAACGUAUUACUUUCUAUGGUCAUGAACUCUCAACAUGUUAUGAAAUGUGUAAAGUAAUAGGGAACGAUUAUAAAUGCAUUUGCAUAUUAUGAAUGCAUUACUUAUCCUUCUAAAUGUCACACAUACACAUGUAUUAUUUAUACAUGUUAUAUGUAUAUCUUAAUAUAAAAGUGCAAUAAACAUAUCUCGUUCUGCAGUUUUUCAAAGCAAUUAAGGUUUACAGUGAGACCCAACAAUUGGAUAUAAUAUUAUCAUAACAUUCAGGCUUAGGCUUAGUUUCCAGCAUACAUCCACAGGUGUGUGCUGUCCAGCUAUUUUCUCCUGCCUGAUCUGCAGAUGACGUAUGAAUCUACUUGUAAUGGUGAUUAGGUGCUGAAGAAAUGCCCACUGGUCUACGAAUAACUAUUGCAUUCCUGAUGUGUGUUUCCCUAGUCAAAUGAAUUGAAGCUUGCAGUUAGAGAGUGAAUCCAGAGAGUGUCAGAAGAGUCGGUCUACCUCCCAUCUCUCAAUGAGCUGAACCAGAGAUGAUGACACCUGGUACCUGGUGCUAUAAUAAUUCCUGUGGUGGGUUAUGAGGCGGUCUUGUUUAAUCCUGACAGAACAUAGAUACCUUUUCUACAGCAAAGGGAAUAUUUUUUUACACAGUAUGAAUGCAAAGAAGGAAAAAUGUUUAAAUUCACUCCAAGCUAGCAAAAACAAGCUAGCAAAAACAAGCUAGCAAAACAGCAUUUCUUUCUCUGCAUCGCUAUUGUACUCCCCUUUGUAUGAGUCUGAAGCUAUUAUUGAAAGAUUUAGGUCUUAUUUUUGACUUGUUGAAAUGUAUAAAUGUGUAUAAUUAUGCAAAGCUUUGUUGUAUACAGUGGAUCCCAACAUGCUAAUUUAUGUUAUUUAAUGUCUAUGGGUUUUGCGACUUUCUGUAAACUUUAAGCCAGACACCCAUCAUUAGCAGAGCAUUUUUUAUUUUUAAUAAAUUUGGGGCUUCAUCGAUUUUGUUUUCUAGGUUUGUUUUUUUAUAAUCAUAACUGUACUGGAACCAUUUUCAAUGCUUUUAUGUCUUACUGUUUUACUAUAUUGUUGACCAUGUUUGUGAAAUCUCUGUACAGGCGGUCAGCUCAACCAACCAACCUAGAAAGUCAGAAUACCUCUCAUAUCACACAUCUUAAACAGCCCUCCAUCAUGUUCUUACAUUAGUAAAGCCAUAACACAUCCAAAGAGUCAUCUGACAUCUUUGUUAAGGGCCAGGAACAGAUAUUAGUGGUCAUCGUGUACUUCAUCCAUUCAUCUCUGCAGGUCCUCUGUCUGUCAGCAUCAUAAUAAUACAGCUGGUAGUUUUCAACACUUUCAUUUUCUUCAACAUUCAGGUGUUCAAUAAAUAUUUGAAACCCAA